AGCCAUUUUGGCUCAAGCUGAUUUUUAUCGAGCGCCAAGGCUGUUUCCAGCCCCCAGUCCGCGCUCCAGUCGGGCGAGCAAUGGAACGCAUCGCGCGCGUGGCGAGGCACGUGGUCCCAGGCGGUGUGCAGCCCCAGAGCCCGACGAACGGCCUGUGCCCACAGCUCACGUCGGGGUCACAGUCGCCCAUCCUGACGACGCUGAAAGGAAAGAUCGCAGCCCUGGCGAAGGAGAAGACGGCACUGAAAAACGACCUCCUCAAGAACCAUGGCGAAACGAAGAUCCAGGAGGUCACCGUCGAGAUGGCGAUCAACGGCGCGCGGUCCAUGAAGACGAUGGUCACCGACACCUCCGAUCUGGACGCGAACGACGGCAUCAGCUAUCGGGGCAUGUCCCUGUACGACGUCAACAGGGCCCUCCCAAAGGCGCCUGGCGGGUCGUGCGCGCUGCCAGAGGCUGCGUUCUGGCUGUUGCUGACGGGCGAGGUGCCGACCGAUGCCGAGACUAAGGCGUUCACGCUCGAGCUUCACAACCGGAGCGCCGUGCCCGCCAACGUGAUGGCCACGCUGGACUCCGUACCCAAGGAAACGCACCCGAUGACCCAGUUGUCGAUGUGCAUGCUGGCCAUGCAGAAGGACUCGAAAUUCUCCGCCGCGUACGACAAGGGAAUGAAGAAGUCCGAGUACUGGGAGUACGCGCUUGAGGACGCACUGGACCUGGUUGCCAAGAUCCCCGUGGUGGCAGCCGCCAUCUACCGCCGUACUUUCAAGGACGGCGCUGGACCAGCAUACGACAAGAGCAUGGACUGGGCGGCCAACUACGCAAACAUGCUGGGCGUCAACAGCAGCGAGGAGUUCAAGGAGGUGACCCGCCUGUACCUGAUGCUGCACGCGGACCACGAGGGGGGCAACGUGUCGGCGCACACAGCGCACCUGGUGGGCUCCGCGCUGAGCGACCCCUACUACUCCUGGGCCGCAGGCCUCUGCGGACUCGCGGGGCCACUGCACGGCCUGGCGAACCAGGAGUGCCUCGGCUGGCUGCUGCAGGUGCAGAAGGACCUGAAGGGGCAGACGCCGACGAAGGCGCUCCUCACCCAGUACGCAGAGGAGACCCUGGCCUCCGGAAAGGUGAUCCCGGGAUUCGGCCACGCCGUGCUUCGGAACACGGACCCGCGUUACAUGCUAGAGCGCGAGUUUGCGCUGAAGCACUGCCAGAGCGACCCCCUCUUCCAGCUCGUUGACGCUUGCUACCAGGCCAUCCCAGAGCUUCUGCAGAAGAAGGGGAAGGUGAAGAACCCCUUCCCCAACGUUGAUGCCCACAGCGGGCAGCUCAUGCACUUCUACAACCUGAAGGAGGAAAACUAUUACACGGUCGUCUUCGCCGUCUCCCGUGCCAUCGGCGUCAUGGCUCAGACUGUCUGGGCCAGGGCCAUCGGGCUACCCAUCGAGCGACCCAAAUCGGUCCCCUUGGACACGCUGAAGCAGCUUGCGACCAAGUGAUGGCUGAGAUCUCCAAGUCGCAAGUCAGACGGCUGCGCUCGGUCUGCUGGAAGUGCCGAAUUUGUUUGUGACCAGGUUGUGCUUGGGCCGCUUGGUCUCAUGCUUGUCGGUGCAGCGAUGCCAGAAGUGCGCAGGCUUCGAAGUUUUUGCUACCUUGCAAGUGCAUGCGGUCGAGGCUCACGCCCUGCUGCUACGUUGCAGCUCGUUUCAUGCAGGAUUGCGCUUGCUGUUCGGGGGCGAAGGUCCCUCCUCCACACCCUGACCCGCCCUGGCGUUCUCUCCACUCAUCUGUUGCCUGUGAUGUACUUUGCCAGGUGUGAGGUCCGCGUGCGCCGUGGGGACACUUCUCGCCUCGGACGGUUCCCAGACUCCUCCUCCUCCUCCUCCUCCUCCUCCUCCUCCUCCUCCUCCUCCUCCUCGGGUCGCCUACGGCCCCGGG